CACACAGCUCCUGAUGCGCAUCAAAGCCUCCAGUUUUAUUUUUCUUUAUUUUCCAAGAAAACACUUAAUUCUAACGCUUUUUCACUGGAGCUGAGAUCUACAGAUUAAGGACUAACACGUGGACCAUAUUAUCAUCCGUUUUUAUCAUUAGGGAUGGAAAUGACUGGAACAAUUAAGUAAGAUUCUGUGAGCUUCUCCUUGUCAUAACAGGAUUUCUGUACGUGUGGAGUUUAUCAUUUGGAUGUCUGGUCAGUGUCAGAGCACAUGGGAAGCGCACUCCGUGGGACUGUUGGUGCAUGAGUGACUCUAUCCAGCCAUCACAGCCCGUACAGUAACCUCAGAAACACUUGCCGUCCCAGAGGAGGAUGCCUUCCCUGCACCACGGUGCUAUUUUCAUCGGAGCCUUCCUCAUUGUGACCGGGGGAUCCACAGCCUUCCUGGCCUCGUCCCAGAGCCGCCUACAGGCUUUCUCCCUCUGCUGCGUGGUGCUGGGGGUGGUCAUGCUCAUCCUGGGGCUCUUCUGGGCAAUGAACAGCAAAAGUGCUGUGAACUACAACCACCGGGAGUUCGACCCAGAGUGUCCACAUUAUCCAUACGACUACCCCAACUUUGGCAGCCAUGCCCUCUUCACACCCCCGGGGAGCCGCUUGCCAGAGUCCCAGUCAGUGUUCCUUCCCAGGACAAUGGAACGCCACAGGCAUGGUGCUCGUGGGGAGGAAUUUGACUACCCUCCCAUGGACUCUGGGGGUUUCAGUCCGACGCCUCACCCGCCCCCGUGGCUGGGACCCCCGCCUCCUUACGAGGUUGCCAUCAAGUCCACGUGCAGCUCUACACACCUGCGGCGCGCGUACUCGGACACGCACCUGGCGUCAGAGCCUCUGUUUGGACAGUCAAGAGAGAUCAGCUUCGAGGUGUGAGGCCGGAUGAUGUGGAAACGCCACCUCUCUGGUUAUCAGACCGAAAGACCAGAGAAAACAAGAGACUGGGCUCACUCGGACUCUACUGAAGUUAUCUUUUGAUAGCAAAAAAACGUUAUCAACAUAAAUUCAAGCAUGCCUUCUUUCUUGGGUCCUAGCAUGAAUUCUGUAAUAACAAUGCAGGUGUUAGCAAAUACUCAAAUGUUAGGUGAAAAUAAAGAUAGAUUACACCCAAAACCUUGUUUCUAUUGAGUGUGUGGCCACUAUGAGCCGCCAUUUCUUCCGUGUCUUGAAGAACAUUGUACAGAUGUUCUAAAAACUGUCGAGGCAGCGUUCCUCCAUCGCACACCGAGUUUGAUUGGGAUCGGCUGGUUCCCCCGAGAGAGAAAGUAGAGAAAUUGUUUUUCAUUUUGGGAAAAAUAUCUUUUUCUUUCUUUUUGAGGGUUAGAUUAAACGAUUGGUGCUGUGCUUUUAUCCGUAUGGUAAAAAAUGUACAGCCUGGAGACAGUUAGCGUAGCUUCUAAUGGAGUCUGAAAACAGGGAAGUUGCUAUCUUGACCCCGUCAUAAGGUGAAAUCGUUCACCAGAUCUUCUAAUGCUGAUGUAUGCAUCUUGUUUCUAUAAUUUGUGCUAAACUUAUAACUUAAGUUUGACUGGGGGUUACUUGGUGGACUAUGUGACGGCCUGUUGCCGACUUUCAGCCUCAAUGCUGAACUAAGCUGACAUGGAACAGACUUAUCAAGCACAGUUCAAAGUAGAAGAUGAUUCAUUUUGACAAACAGCUGCAAAUGGUCACUGACACAGAGAAGCUUAGACAUCCAUAAAAGAACCAAAAAUAUAUAUUUUGUAGAGCAGUGAGGUGCUUCACAAAUACUCUGCUCUGAUACUAGAUCCAAACCACACAACCCUUCGUGUGCAGUUUGUAAACGUCCCUCGCCGAGACCUCGAGGGCGUCGGCCUGCCAUACCCGAGGCUGCGGGUUCGCGGCCCGGUCAGAACAGUAACAACAAUGACCAAGAGAGAGACAAGCUUGCUCCAAAAUGGCUUACUGCCCCUUUAACUGGACAGUCCUCCUUUCUAGGACUUCCCUGGAGAUUGAUGAGGAAAGAUUUAUCGAGUCCACGUUGUGAUCCUUGGGAAUCCUCUGGGGAAGGCAAAAAUGACGCUUGGAAAAAAAACAAUUUUUCCCCAUCAGGAUUAACGCGCUCCACCACAGGAAGGACGUGACGAUUCAUUCAGGGCAACACACCCGGCCCGUAGAGGUCUCUUAGUGUGCGUGCCACACAUGUACUCAUCCGUGUGUUGAAAGCAGGGGAACGAUGACUCAUCUGACCAUGUGUUUUUCCACUGCUCACCAGACCACCAGCUUUAAGUAAUACAACCUGACCUAUUGCAACUAUAGAAUCGCUCUCUUUUUAAAGAUCGCUUGAGUAUUGUUUCCUUCUUUGUACAUUUUCACUUUGAUUGUCUUUCUGUCCAGAGGCCUGUUGAUAUUGAUCUCAUUGAAGUCUUUGUUUGUGGGAGUCUAUAACUUUCAAGUCAAAAGUCAAACUUGGAAGUUGUAGAGGGGGAAAAAAAACAAACCCUGUUUGACAGUUAUCUCCCAACAAGAGGCAACAAGAAAGUACUAAAAUUGUUUAAAAAACAUGCACCAAAUGAAUGUAAGAUAAUGCAACAACAACCUUUGUCAAUCAAUAAUUAAAGAAAUAAAGAUGACGUGAUGAACCUA